CCCUCAGAAGCCCAGGGCAUUUGAAACAGCACGUCCGCAGCAGCAGCUGGGUUGCAUGUCAGUCUAGUGUCUGAGAGACACACAAAAAAGGAGAAAUUAGGAAACUCUUCUUCCCAGUGACGUUGAAAGGAUAUUGCAUAUUUGUAUUGCACGGCACGGGAACUUCAGGGCUGAGGCUGUAGAGAAAACUGCAGGGAGCUGUUUUUGCCCCGGGGAUGCUGGAAACCUGCUGGGAGAUGGUGUGUCCCACUGGGGACAGUUGUGACAUACCCCUAGCCACCCAAAAACAGGCUCCCACAAACAUGGCGCAAAACACUAUGAUGAAGCAGCCACUUUUGGGGUCCUUUUUGGGGUGGGGGAGGAAGGCACCAGGUGCUGCUGCAUGGUUUGCAAGUCCAUGUGCGUGCACCCAACAUGGCAAUACCCAUCCUGCCUGUCCCAUCCUCUCGCUCUCUCCUCCCCGAGAAGAUGCUGUGUCAUGCACUGGGGGAUGUGUCACAGGGAGGAAACCAGCCUCAGCUUCCCCCUUCCCCUGAGGCUUGGUCCUGGGGAGCUCAGAACUGCCCGCAGAUGAGCAUGGUGAGAAGAAGCUGGCUGGCCAAGGCUGCAGGUACCCUGCUCUUGCUGGGGUGGCUGGCAGGUCUGCAGGAAACUCUCCCCACCUUCUGCAAGCUUUCCCAAGGUUGCAUCUCCAAACUCAAAGAGAUGUCCUCUGCAAGGUGUCCUCUUCUAGACCAGCAGACCAUCUCAGACCAGCCCCUUCUGCUGUCCCACACAGGUGCUGGUGGGAUGAAGCCAGAGACCUGCAGGUCCCCAGGUGAUUUUCCCCCACCAGCACUCUUCCCAAACUUCUCCUCAGCUCAGGAAGGUGACUUGAUUCUUGCCCGGUGCCUCGUUUUUUCCCAUGUCCCCAUCACCCACAUCUUCUUCUGCAAGAAUGGGGUGGAGCUGGCAAACCACCUGGUGGGAAAAGGCGAGUUCACCUCCACGCUCACUAUCCAGCUCUCUGCAAAGACCAGCGGCACCUACUCCUGUGGGUACCAGCGCCGGAGCAGACUCGGACAGGUCGUGCUUUCAAGGCUGAGUAUCCCUUGGCUCCUGACCACUGGAGGUGGGAAGGAUGAUCUGAGGAACAGCAGCAUUGCUACCAGCCCGGAGCUGCCAUUUGGAGGGCUGGGAGUCUCCAUCAGCCUGGCUUUUGCACUCCUCUCCCUCCUCGCACUGGCUUUGGGCAUCCAUCUUCUCCUCCAGAUCGGAAAGCGAGUCCAGCUGGCCAGGCUGAAGAGCUUCAUGCCCCAGUAGAAGACCUCAGCAUUUCACAAGUGCUGCGAAGGAAGAGAUGUCCAGGAGCCCUCACAGUUUGAGGACCUGUUGGCAGACCAGAGAAAUACUCCAAGGUGCUGGGGGGUCCGUGGCAAGGACCACAGUGAAUUGUCAGUUCCCCAUGGCCGUGGAAGGGGGGAAUUGGACCAAGAUGGUGUCCCUUGACUCAAUGCCACCUGUACUGCAUCUCCAGCCACUGAAAGCUCUCCAGCACCCUGGGGACCCAACUUCUUCAUCUGCAGCCCCAGAGAUACACCCCUCGGCUAAAACACGCUGUCCAAGUGAGUUGCAGAACACUUUGCCCCAGCUGUGAACAUCAUGGUGGCUCUUGGGCAUAAGUUAAUUAAAAGGUCCAUUAAUUAAA